CUCUGAUUGGAGGACGCCCGCCGUGUCCUCGCCCCCCCCCCUUGUGAUGUUGCCCUCUUCGUCCUUCUCUCGGUAACCAUCGCCCUCCUGUUGAAACUGCAGCUUCCUGCAUCUGUCCGCUUCUCUCUUGUCUCUGGCCCGGAGUAACAACCAGUCAAACAUGACUCACGCGUAUCCCUUCCUGAGUACUGAGCAAAAGAAGGAGCUCAGCGAUAUCGCUCAGAGGAUCGUAGCCGCUGGGAAGGGCAUCCUGGCAGCUGAUGAAUCCACAGGAAGCAUGGCCAAGCGCUUCCAGAGCAUCAACACAGAGAACACAGAGGAGAACAGGCGGCUUUACCGCCAGCUCCUCUUCACCGCUGACGACCGGGUCAAUCCCUGCAUCGGCGGCGUCAUCUUCUUCCACGAGACGCUCUACCAAAAGACAGACGACGGCAAACUCUUCUCCCAGCUGGUCAAAGAGAAGGGCAUGGUGGUGGGCAUCAAGGUGGACAAGGGUGUGGUUCCCCUCGCCGGCACCAAUGGAGAGACCACCACUCAAGGUCUGGAUGGGCUCUAUGAGCGCUGUGCUCAGUACAAGAAGGACGGUGCUGACUUUGCCAAGUGGCGCUGUGUGUUAAAGAUCACCCCCACCACCCCGUCCCAGCUGGCCAUCAUGGAGAACGCCAACGUGUUGGCCCGCUACGCCAGCAUCUGCCAGAUGCAUGGCAUCGUGCCCAUCGUGGAGCCUGAGAUUCUCCCAGACGGUGACCAUGACCUGCAGCGGUGCCAGUAUGUGACUGAGAAGGUGUUGGCAGCUGUCUACAAGGCCCUGUCUGACCACCAUGUCUACCUGGAGGGCACUCUGCUCAAACCCAACAUGGUGACCGCCGGACACUCCUGCUCCAAAAAGUACAGCCCUCAAGAGAUUGCCAUGGCCACCGUCACCGCCCUGCGUCGCACCGUACCCCCAGCUGUGCCAGGCGUGACCUUUCUGUCCGGCGGCCAGAGUGAGGAGGAGGCCAGCAUCAACCUGAACGCGAUCAACCAGUGUCCCCUUCACAGGCCCUGGGCCCUCACCUUCUCCUAUGGCCGGGCGCUGCAGGCCUCAGCACUGAAGGCCUGGGGGGGCAAGAAGGAGAACGGCAAGGCCUGUCAGGAGGAGUACAUCAAGAGAGCCCUGAAUAACAGCCAGGCCGCUCUGGGGAAGUACGUGUCCUCUGGAGACAAGGGAGCAGCGGCUCAGGAGUCCCUGUUUGUGGCUAACCACGCCUACUGAAGUCUGCCGAGCCGCAUCCCCUCAACGCACGUCACCCCCAUUCCACCCUGUCACUCCACUCUUUCCUAUCACAACCCCCCCCAGAGCCAGUAAUCUCCCCAGUCACACUCACCAGCCAACCAUUCAAACCUUAUUUCAUUAGCAAUGAGAACCAAAUGAUAGAAAAACAUUGUGAUUUGGGAAAAGAUGACUACUAUACUCCAGGUCUGUCCUCCCAUUGAGUUUGACUUCGGACUUGUAAAAUGUUGCCCCAGUGUGUUGUCACUUUAUUUUGCGUUUGUGCACUUAAACCCUGCAUACAGAGAGAGCAGAGAGUUCCUCUACAGUGUUGUCUUCCCCUUGUCUUCAUUUGUUGUUCCUGACAUUGUCUUUAAAAAGUACAUGUGCCUUCAAUUGUCCACUGAACCAACAGCUGAGGGGAGACAUUGUAGAGGAUGUUGUGAUGUAUCUACAGUAUUAGAGUGUAAACACUGGAAAGAAGUACAAAAUUAAAAGAUCCCACGACUGA